AGGUUCAAUGCCACUCUAAGUUUGUUUAGGAUUUUCAGCCAAUAGAUAGCUAGCCAGCUUGUCACUAAAAUAGGCUUAUUAAAAUCAUAGGAUUAUUUCCUGUAUUGUAAAGGAAAAUUUUUUUAAACACCUGCGAUUGCUAUUCUGACCCAGUGAAUUUAUUAUCCAAAGUGAUCAUAAAGUCUAUCUUGAAGUUCCAGAACAUUUUUUAGCUAAUAUAGAACACAAAUACGUUGCAUUAUUCAUAAUAUUCAUCACCUGUUCAAAAAGCAAUAUUUCUAACCAUACAUAAUUAAUAUAUGUUAUUAUUUUCUCUUAUUCUGUGGUUGAAACUUAUCCAUUGCUAUGUGGGCAGUGCUGUAUGUGUUUGCAAUAAUAUUGUGUCAAGAAAUAGUAUUUUUGAGAUUACUUUUGAAAACAAAGUGUUAUGUCAUUAGAUACGCUUCGUUAGGCGCUCUUCAAUUGCAAGAACUCGCUAGACCUAGUUAGCUAUCGCUGGAUGAUCGCCGUAAUUUUAUUUUUCCGAUCGUGAAAUUGAAAAUACGACUUUGACAGCUGGUUUGAAUUAAAAUAGAAUGGAUUAGAGAAAAAGUGAAAAUUGAUAGACCCUAUGCCAUGCCAAAGUUGUUAUUGUGGUUAUUGCUGUUUCCAGCAACGCCAGCUAUUGUCGUAAAUAAAGUAUAAAGAUUGAUCAUCCGUGAUGUACUCUCUCGUGUAUUUGGACCUCCAAACUUCAGGAAACACUUUGUAAACUGCCAUCUGCAUAUCCGAUUUUUGUUUAAUAUUUGAACUGUGUGAGAUCGAUUAGUUUACCUAAGUUCUUAGCUAGAAAAAGCAGUGUUUUGGAGUGAAAUCGCUAUGGGUUUCAUGCUUUUGGAAUGAUCGUCUGGAGGUUUUUAAACGCACUAUGGUUCACGUGAAAAUUUGAUUAAAAGAUCUAGGAAAGGGAAUCGCAAGGCUGUGGCACUGGAUCUGCUUUGCUAUACGAAGCAAUCUUUGGUAUAUCAUUGUGCAAGGCUUCAUGUUUGCAUGCAGACGAUAAUAUAUAAUAUUCUGAAGGAACGUAAUGGUAGGAAAGAAUAAAUUGAUGUUUAAUGAAAGCAACGAAAGCAUCAGGAGUGAAUUCACCGUUAAUCUGAGAAGAUAUUCAACUGGGUUGACUGACGUUGAAUAUUCACCGACAUUUCCUAACACGUGGAAAAGUUUUCAACAGUUGACGAGAUUUGAUUCGAGUCGACAAAAGCGAUACACGGUUGCCGUUGGUUCUUUUCCAACACCGAGUUUUGAACAAGGAUUAUCCUCGUCCAGUGAAAGCGACGAAGCUGUCUUUAAUGAUGAACCAGCUCCGCCUUUGGCGAAAGACGGAAGCAACAGCACAUCAAAAAGAAAUCGUUUUUCUUCGGGUUAUAUCUUAGGAUUCUUUCUGAGGAAGCAAAACUUAGCAGAGUGUCGGCAAGAGAACGUGUCCAGGAAAUAUUCUCAACAAAAUGCCAAGCAAUAUAACGAAACAGCGAAACGAACUCCAGUAGUAAACACCUGUGAGAGAAAGAAACAGCAGCGCUUGCAUAAAAUACAUUCUGUUCCCAAUAUACGAGCAAAACCUAGUCCACAAACCAAGGGAAAUAUUUAUCGUCGAGGGGCAAGAAGAUGGAGAAAAAUUUACAAAACUAACGGACAUUCAUUCGUCGCCAGACGAUUUAGUCGGCUUGCACAGUGCGAAUGCUGUACUGAUAUCAUCUGGGGUCUUGGUCGACAGGGUUACAAAUGUUUAGACUGUCGUGUUAUAGUUCAUAAGAAAUGUCAUCGACUUUUGCGCAACAAUUGUGAACAAAUCCGGAGCCAGAAUGCUGCGUACUCAUCGUUGCCUUCAAACUCUGCGGUCGGGAAGACAGGAAAGGACAGCGACCCUGGUGUUAAGAGAACUAAAAGUGACAGCCCACAACGACAUCGCAAAGCUCUCCUGCAAAACGCGUACAAUAAUUCCUUUGCCUCAUCACAAAGUGCCUUGGAAACGAGUAAAUCCCAUGUAAAUGUGAACGAUUUUGAUUUUCUUCGUGUCAUUGGAAGGGGAAGCUAUGCUAAAGUCAUAUAUGUUAGUCACAAGAAAACUGGCAGAAAGUACGCGAUGAAGAUUGUGAAAAAAGAACUUGUUAAUGACGAUGAGGAUAUCGACUGGGUUCAAACAGAGAAACAUGUAUUUGAACAAGCCUCAAAUCAUCCGUUUUUGGUCGGUCUGCAUUCGUGUUUUCAGACGGCCAGCAGGUUGUUCUUUGUGAUCGAGUUCGUGGCUGGAGGAGAUCUUAUGUUUCAUAUGCAGAACCAGAGAAGACUGCCCGAGGAUCACGCAAGGUUUUACUCGGCGGAGAUUGCGUGUGCUUUGAAUUAUCUUCACGAGAAUGGAAUUAUUUAUCGAGACUUGAAAUUGGACAACGUUUUGCUGGACAAAGAUGGUCACGUUAAGCUAACAGAUUAUGGCAUGUGCAAGGAAGGCUUAAGGCCUGGGGAUACAACAAGCACAUUCUGUGGAACACCAAACUACAUAGCACCAGAAGUCCUCAGGGGAGAGGAUUAUGGUCUGAGCGUAGAUUGGUGGGCGACUGGUGUACUUUUGUUUGAAAUGCUGGCUGGUCGAUCACCGUUUGAUAUCGUUGGCCAUGCGGAUAAUCCAGAUCAAAACACAGAAGAUUAUCUCUUCCAGGUGAUUCUUGAAAAGUCCAUCCGAAUUCCAAGAUCGCUUUCCGUGAAAGCUGCAUCGAUCCUUAAAGGAUUUUUAAACAAGAAUCCAGAAGAUAGACUUGGUUGUCAUCCACAAACAGGAUUUGCAGAUAUUCAGUCGCAUUUAUUUUUCCGGGCUAUAAACUGGAAACAGCUGGAGGCUCGUCAGGUAACGCCUCCGUUCAAACCAAGGGUAGAAGAGGGACAAGAGGUUGACAAUUUCGAUCCACAAUUCACGGCUGAACCAGUCAUACUUACACCCGAUGAUCCGAAAUUAUUAGAAACAAUCGACCAAUCAGAAUUUGAAGGAUUUGAAUACGUAAAUCCACUUUUAACAUCGGCCGAAGAAGUUGUUUAAAUAUGCAAUGAAUGGAAAGACAAGUAAUCGCAAACAAAUAAUUUACAUUCAUAUUACUAUAAAUAUCACAAGUUGUGAAUGUUCAGUAUAUUCUGACGUGCUGCUGUUCACUGCAAAUUAUUUAUCUACGCGCAUGCUCGGUUGUGAUUCCUGCCAUUUCCAAGAUGGCUUUGUCAGGAUUCUCAUCCCAGGCCCCGGGAAGUUUCACCUGGAAAAAUGUGAGAAGCGUUAUGUAUCAAAGUUCUUAGACGGAAACUGAUAAAUGACACAAACUUCGAGAAAGCAAAUAUUAAAUCAUAGCGAAUCA